UAACAGCCACGGUGUAACGGAGCACCGUGCUUCAACCAAAACACGGCGGGUCUGCGGUGUUAUUACGGUGUUUUCUAUGUGUUGACCAUCUGGAGGAUUAGUAUGGAUCUGCUGGGUUCAGAUGGAGCCGGUGCUUCAGAACCCGCCCCGGAACAAAGUCCCAAAACCGAACUUUCGGCUGCUAUGCGGGCAAAGAUCGAGCGGAACCGGCAGCGGGCGUUGAUGCUCCGGCAAGCCAGACUAGCGAGCCGGCCUUUGUCCGCUGUGGAGGGCGCGACUGCGGCUAAAGUGUCGAAGACUGUUGACUCUGGGGCUGGGUUCUUCAUCGAGGAAGAGGAGGACGCAGCGGAAGAGCAGAGGACCAGGAAGCUGGUGCAUCAGCCAGCUCCAGUGAUUGAGCCGGAUUAUCUGGUGUGUGACAAUUGUGAAAAACCCUUUAUGGAUUCGUACCUCAGCAACAGCUUUGACCUAUCUGUAUGUGAUAAGUGCAGGGACAAUGAGGAAAAGCAUAAGCUCAUCUCCCGAACCGAGGCUAAGCAGCACUACUUACUGAAGGACUGCGACCUGGACAAGCGAGAACCCCCGCUUAGGUUUAUUCUGAAGAAAAACCCUCACAACCCUCGCUGGGGAGACAUGAAGCUCUACCUCAAACUGCAGGUGGAGAAAAGAUGUAUGGAGGUGUGGGGUUCGGAGGAGGCUCUGGAGGAGGCCAGAGAGACGAGGGAAGAGAACAAAGAAGUGCAGAAGCAAAAACGCUUCAACAAGAAGGUCAAAGAGCUGCGCAGGGCUGUGAGGAGCAGCAUGUGGACCAAAAACAUUAGUGCUCACCAACACGAGUACGGACCAGAGGAGGUAGUGGACCCAGAAGAAGACCUCUACAAGAAAACCUGCACCACCUGUGGACAUGAACUCACAUACGAGAAGAUGUAGAAGACACUCAUAUUGACUGAUCCAAGUUUUUUCUUUUGGUACUUAUGCAUUAAACAAGCACUCCUUUGAUUUCUCUAUUGGGAAAUGCACAAAAGCCCAGAAACAGACAAGCUUCUCCAUGACAGCAGUUUUUCCUGACCACAGUUUGAACUCAUUUAAUCGAAUUACACAUUUUUUUUAGCAACAACACUGCUGAUUGACUUUCAGAGCCAUUGCUUAUUGCAGUACUUAGUGUUUCUUUCAUACCUCAUCGUGUUUCUUGCAGCGGUUAAAUCAUAGGAGACAUGGUCACACUUGAAAAGGUCUUGGGUAAAAUGUUAGCUUAGCCUGAUUUGAUCUUUCCUGUCUCAGCAUUAGUGUAUUCCCUCCACCAACCAUGUUUUCUUAAGGAAAUGUCACCAUUCUGAGAACAGUGUUCCUGUUCUAAUGUGCUCUUAUUCACUGCAUUACACUUCUUAAAUGGUUCAGUCUACUUUAGACUGCUCCUGUAAAUCUCAUUUUCUGUCAGCUGCAAAGAAACUGAUCUGGUUGUCCAGAUAUUCACUUUGCAGUGGUAAUGAACUGGUGCUGUUUGAUUAGGAAAUAGACCGAUUAUUAGAUAACUGCAUACAGAUUUAAAAGGGUAUUUACAUUUUUGUAAAUUAAAGUUUAAAA